AUGAUCAUAUCUGUCGCAGCGAUGGCUAGUGUAGCUGUCGCCUCUGAUGACUUAAUAAUAAAUCCUGGGGGCCUACCCUGCGACGACCCUAAUUCGGUGGGGUGCUCAACGGGCAUCAAAGGUUGGAACAACGACAACGAUUUUGGGUAUAUUUGUGGACCUUAUGGCACAAUUGAUGCCUAUGAGCCAUGCUCGUGUCAAAAUUGCUGUGUGGUAACCGAUGGCGUCUUCAGCUGCUACAUGAUGUGUGCCAGAGGGCACGAAGGAAUGCCAGGCUCCGCCAACCGCUGUCUCAACGUCUAUGGUACACACCGGGCCAAGGAUUCCGGUGCGACAGUGCGCGCCAAGUACAAGAGUAGGACGACUGACCAAGUAGGCUUACUGAAGCACCCGAACGAGUCGAGGGUGAAGCAGAGCUGGUGGCCUGGUUUUCGCGGCGGCGCACCACCAUCAAGACGUAAAAAUGAUACCAUUCUGAAAAGAGCAGGGCAUCAGCAACACCAGUUUCUUCGUCAUACGAGCAUACAACAUGCAGAGCCUCCAUAG